AUGGUUGAAAGAUUUCAUGAACUUCAACAACAAUUAAUUCAUCAAAGAUCGCCACCACCACCGGCAACAACGACAGCAUUACCAUUUCAUCAUUUUAUUGAUUCUGAAGUGUUUCCAACAACAAGAAAUACAAUGGAUAAACUAUGUACACCAAUGAUACCAAUGAAAAAUGGAUCACCAGAUCCAAAACAACAAUCAGAUGAUCAAAAUGAUAGUAAUGAUACAAUUAAUGUACAACAUGAUGUUAAACAUUUGAUUGGUAAUCAUCAUCAUGAAAAUAAUUUCAAAGAGAAUGAUCGUGUACAAUCACCGGCAUCAUUAUCAUUACCGUCGGUCAAUCAUCAACACAAUAACGGUAGUAAUAAAAUAAAACAACGAAGAUCGCGUACAAAUUUUACAUUAGAACAAUUGAAUGAAUUGGAACGAUUAUUUGAUGAAACACAUUAUCCGGAUGCAUUUAUGCGUGAAGAAUUAUCACAACGAUUAGGUCUUUCGGAAGCACGUGUACAGGUUUGGUUCCAAAAUCGUCGUGCUAAAUGCCGUAAACAUGAAAGUCAAAUACAUAAAAGUACCAUAAUGAUGAGUCCACAUAGUAUUACUGGUUCAAUUGCGGAACAAUCACGUGCCACUAUUAAUAACUACCUCAUGAAUAAUAAUGCUGCUACGACUACUAAUGCUAACGCUAAUACUGCUGCCGGUUUGAAUAUUCGUUAUGGAUUGUCGAAACCACCAACAUUACAAUUACAAUCACAAUCACAAUCAUCGUCAUCAUCAUUAUCACCGCCAAUUAUUAAUACAUCCACUGCAACAAUGAUUGAAUUUGAUCGAAAUUAUCGAUCAAAUCAUAACCAUCUUCAUCAUCAUCAUCAUAAUCAACAUAUAGGAUUAUCAUCAUCAUCACCAUUAUCUAUACUGCAAUCACAGACAAGUGCAAUACAAACUUCAACAAUAACGCCUACAUCCAAUACUAUUUCUUCGAUUGGCGGUAAUGUCCAUAUGAUUGGUAGCCAACCACCAUUACCAACAUCAUUCAAUGUAGCACAUUAUAUGCCUUAUCUAAGUCAUCCUAUUAAUUUUCUACAACAUUAUGCGGCAUUAGCAGCUGCAGCAUCAUCAUCAACAUCAUCAGCAUCGUCAUCAUUACCAUUCGCUAGUAAUUCCUUAUUUAAUAAUGGCAACUCUUCCUCUUCCGUAUCAUCAGCAUCAUCAAACAUACAUUUAUUUGGAUCAUCAUCAUCAUCAUCUGGAUUUGGUCUUUCAUCUCGUGUGCCUAUGACAAUGAUACCAGCAACAUCACCACUACUAAUGACAACAAAAACGGCAAUAAAAACGAACGUUGAUGAACAAUCGGAAUCGGAAAUAUUUACAAGAAUAAAUCAGACAGAAAAAGAACAUUUUUUUCCAAAACAAUCAACUAGUCCAAUAGAUAAUGAUCGAAUGACAAUUGAUCUUGAUCAAGAUUCAAAGGCUUGAUUUGUUUUUAUUUUUUAUUUUUAUUUGAUCUCUCAAUUUUAUUCAAAAUUCUUGAAUGUACACAA